AUGCAGCUGUUGACCAUUCCAUCUGCUACGUUUUUCGACUUAGUUUCCUUUGUCUUAAUGGCCAAGAACAAACCGAAGAAAACCAAAUCCAAUCGAAAAGCAAGACGUGGGACAAAGAAGGGUGGAACCGGAGGAGGUGAAGGCAAAUCUGGGAAAGUCAAACACAAAAGCCGUGGGCGAAAGCCAACGACCGGGCCAAAAGCAGCUGGCAAAGGCAGCAGUAAAGGCAAAAAGUCUCCCAAAGAAACAAAGAGGUCAAUGGGAGCAGGAAAAGGAUCUGGUUCCAAAAAGGAAGACAAGGCAACUGCCACAAAAAGAAGGGCAGAGCCUCCUGUAGAUGAACCGGAGGCGAAGAAGGGCAAAAUCCUUUCUGCAAAGCAGAAGCGAAAGAAGGAGGUUACCAAACUUUACAGUGAGCUGAUUAAUCCUGGAAGGACUCUCAAAGCAGAUGUCAUCGUCAAGGAUAUCCUCGAAGCCCUGAGCAAGCGCUCUUCCACCAUGGCUGAGUACUGCUCAACCAACCUGGGUGCUCGCGUGAUUGAGGCUUGCCUCAAGUGGGGUACCAAAGAACAAAGGCAAGAUUUGCUGUCGCGAUGUUCGGGGGAGCUGCCGAAGAUGGCGCAGGACAGGUAUGGACACCAGGUCGUGCUCAAGCUCCUGCUUUAUGCUUCGAAGACGUCUUCACAGCGAAAGCCAACUGAAGAAGAAAAAAAGGUCCAGGCGAGAAAUAUGCGAGAAAUCCUGGACAAGUUCUCUGGAAAGAACCUUCAUGCAACUUUCUUCCAUAGAUAUGGUUGCAGGGUGAUCAAUGGUCUCUAUUUCUCAACGACUGUCAAAGCCGGCGACAAAAGGAGACUUCUGCACAGCAUCGCCAUACCAGAGGCAGUUGCACUGCGGCGACCAGAGCUGCCCAGCAGCCAGCCCUUGCGCAAAGUGCUUCAGGCAGAGGAUCUGACGGAGCAACAGAAAAAGAGCAUCGCACAGCACCUUGAAGAAGCUGUUGAAAAAGCCAUUGAGAAGGAAUUGCUGGGUCUAGACAUCGUUCACCUACUCCUUCAGGCAUUCUGUGAAGUAGCUACAGAUUCGCAACUUACACAGCUUGCAGAACAGUGCAUGGAUGGUGCAGCUUAUCUCUUGUCAUCGAAGGCUGGAGCUGAGGCUCUUUUGAGACUUUUGGGGAUAGCCAAUGCAAAGCAGCGAAAGGCGCUUUGCAGAGAUCUCAAGGGUAAGUUUGCUGCUCUAGCCAAAAACGCGGUGGAUUACGUGGUCAUGAUUCGAUUGGCCACAACUGUAGAUGACACGGUGAUGCUCUCCAAGAGCAUGGUUGCGGAAUGGCUUCAGGACAUCGAGGAUUUGUGCUUUGACAAAUACGGUCACAAAGUGUUGGCAUGGCUGCUGCAGCCAGAUGAUCAGCGCCUGUUUUCGCCCUAUGAGCGUAAGUGUGUGGCCUUGCCGUCCCCUACCUCGCUCAAGGCACCAGAGGCCAGACGACAGGAGCUCGUGCGCAUGCUGAAGCCGGCAAUUCGUGGUGUGUUUCUCCAGAAGCCUCUGGAAGCAGCUGGCGACAACAGCGCCAAGGACCUGCUCACAGCAUUUCUUGCCGCUGACUGGGAUGAAGAGCUGAUAGCAGCGAUUCUUACGGCAGCGGAACACGAGGCAAAGAAGGAUGACCUUGGUCUACUAAACAAUGGCACGGUCACGACGACAAUGCUUAUUCUGCUAAAAUUGGAGCCUGAGCAGGGGCCGAAGCUUGCGCAGCCGCUCUGGGAGAGCUGUUUAAAGCCUCACGCAGUAUUGGCCGCAGCAAGCAGAUGUGCAUUCCUCAUGUUAGCCAUGCUGAAGAGUGGCUCGAUGAAAGAGUCCAUUGUUGCAACGUUGAGGGAACACAAAGCCAGAAUCGAGAAAGCUGCAAAUGAGGCUGAGGCGAGCGGCUCCAAAGUGAACGGAGCUCGGCAGCUUUUGGCAGCCGCGUGAAGACACUGAUGGUGAUAAGUCACCAAUGUUAACGAUGUAAGUGGGCAAACCCACCAAAUAAAUUCUUAGCUGGUUCAAAUUAACCAGGCACUUCCCCUAGGUGCUGUCCUUUGAUGGAUGCAAGACGCCAGAGAGG